AUGCCUGGUGUUCCUAGACAUCUUGCGAGGGUCGCGCAGCGACGCCUCAAGCUCCCGCACACUCUCAUACUCCCUUCUUGUGUCAAAGCCCAUGCCGCCCGGGAGUCACGGCUCCACGCCUCGCAAUUACCCACGCACACUGACACACUGACCUCUCCCACUCUGCACUCAGGACCGGAGCCGCCGUAUGCGAGACCGAAUCCUGCAUCCUACAAAAUUUACCGCUACUCGAAGCCCAUAUCGCUGACGUAUGGCCCCACUCUUCUUGGAUUCGAUAUCACGUACGAGACAUGGGGAGAGUUGUCGCCUGCGAAGGACAACGUCAUCCUGCUCCAUACUGGCUUGUCGGCGUCCUCUCAUGCCGUAUUGACGGAUUUGAACUCUUCUGAAGGCUGGUGGGAGAAGUUCAUCAUAUGCACAAAUGUCCUCGGAGGAUGCUAUGGCUCAACCGGUCCCUCGUCAGUUGAUCCUUCUACGGGGAAGCCGGUUCGCGCACAGUUCUGCUUGCUCAUUCAUCUUGAGAUUGACAAACUCUACGUGAGCAUGGGAUCAUCAGUGGGUGCUAUGCAAAGUUUGGCAGCAGGAUGGCUGUAUCCUGAGCAUAUGGGAAAGGUCGUUAGCAUCAGCGAGACCGCGAGAAGCAGCCCAAGCGCGAUCGCUAUGCGAUUUGCCCAGCAUAGUGAAUGGGUUCUGUUACCACCACAUACGGGCAUGAAGCUGGCUCGACAGAUUGCAGCUGUCACAUAUCGCUCAAGUGCUGAACGGGAUCAGAGAUUCAGCUGUAAAUUGAAGCCGCUUCCUGAGUUAGCAAUAACGCCGGAUGAAUCGUUCUAUGACAUAAAUUCUUUGAUUUACAUUUCCAAGGCCAUGGACGUCUUCGAUCUCACGCGCUCUACAUUUCCCGAGAUCCAUCUCACUCCUCCGGUGCCGUGCAGCCCUCCUCCUCGCCUCCCGCAUUCGAUGUCCUCCCACCCGCCCUCGCCUUCACAUUCUUACUACCAUUGGUCGUUAUUUCACUCGAAGUCACAUCCGCCACCAUCAAACCCGCCAAGACAUUUGCCUGACCUUGCGGAGGGUCUUCACUCUCUAGCAGCAGCGGAGGUUGCGGAUGCACUGAGGAUGACCGAUAAUCGGAUGGUUAGUUAUUAUGAGCUCGGUGGUGUGUGGGACCAUGAUAUCUUCCUGUGA